AUGGCCACGAUCGCCAUCGAGAAAGAUCAACCAAUUGUUUCGUUUGGUUUGAUCACAGACAUUCACUAUGCAGAUCUGGAGGAUCGAUGGAAUUAUUCGAGAACUUUUCUCAGACGUUAUAGAAACUCAUUGAAAUUAGUCCGCGAAGCCUGUCAGCAUUGGUUGAAUGCAAAGCAUUCUCUCGCGUUUGUUGUUCAACUUGGAGAUCUAAUUGAUGGGUUUUGCGCUUCGAAUAAUUCAACAGAAAAUGAUUUACGAACAAUUCUAAAGGAAUUCGAAAAACUGCCACGCGUUUAUCAUCUUUGGGGCAAUCAUGAAUUCUAUAAUCUCACUCGAAAUCAGCUGUUAGCGAGUCCACUAUGUUCGUUUGAUACAAAAGAGAUCUCACCAAGUCAUUACGGAACGAUUGAAAUCUGCCCGAAUUUGAGAAUUAUCGCACUCGAUACAUACGACUUGAGUCUGUUAGGUAUUGAUGAAAAUACCGAGAGAUAUGAUCAAGCAAUGAGUACGCUGAGAAAAUACAAUCAGAAUGAUAAUGUAAAUGACCGAACUGGAUUAGAUGGUUAUCAACAACGUUUUAUCCAAUUGAAUGGCGGAUUAACACAAAAACAAUUGACUUGGCUACGCGACCAAUUACUACAUGCUCGAAAUCAUCACGACAAAGUUCUCAUUUUCGGACAUAUUCCCGUUCAUCCGAUAGCAGCUGAUGAAAUAGCUUUGUUAUGGAAUUAUGAAAACGUUUUAGAUCUUCUCUGGGAGUUCGAUGAUGUUGUUCUCGCCUAUCUUGCUGGUCAUUGCCAUGAAGGUGGUUAUUAUUAUGAUGAAAAACGAAUUCAUCAUAUAACACUGCAAGCAAUUGUUGAAUGCGAACCGGAUAUCAAUGCAUUCGCCACUGUUCAUGUUUACAACCAACAUUUAGUGAUUGAAGGAAUUGGCCGUAUCAAUACUUAUCGAAUUGAGUUAUUGAAAAACUAA